AUGCCGAAAGCAAUUGUAAUGAAGCACAUCGAAGGGAAGCCAGGGAAGGUCUACUACCCCCUGCAGAUCAAAGAAGUUCCUGCCCCGGCACCAGGGCCCAACGAUCUUACUAUUCAGAUCCACGCUGCCGCCCUCAACCACCGCGACUUCUUCCUCCGUCAAGCUUUAUACCCCGCCCCCUCCUUCGACGUCCCCCUUCUCGCAGACGGCUGUGGCAUCGUAAAAUCCGUCGGCUCUUCCGCCUCACCGUCGCUGGAGGGAAAGCGGGUCAUCCUGACGCCCGGGCGAGGCUGGAAGGACUCGCCCGACGGCCCGGAAGCACCCAGCGGCUACCAGAUCCUCGGAGGCACGACGACCAUCCCCAUCGGCACGCUCCAGGAGUUCGUCACGGUUUGCGAAGAUGAGGUUGAGCUGGCGCCCGCGCAUCUCAGUGCUGUGGAAGCGGCUGCGCUGCCUCUGACGGGUCUGACGGGCUGGAGGGCGUACGUGAGCAAGAGCGGGAAUGCACAACCGGGACGCAACAUCUUGGUUACGGGCAUCGGUGGUGGUGUCGCUUUGAAUGUGCUGCAGUUCGUGGUGGCGAUGGGCGGAAACGCCUAUGUGACGAGUGGGAGCCAGGAGAAAAUCGACCGGGCGGUAUCUAUGGGCGCCAAGGGGGGCGUAGGCUACAAGACGGAGGGAUGGGAGAAGGGGUUGAAGGCGCAGCUGCCAAAGGAUAGGCCGUAUAUCGAUGCGAUUAUUGAUGGUGCCGGUGGGGAUGUCAUUGCUAAGGCAGUGAAGCUUCUGAAAGCUGGUGGUAUCGUUGUUCAGUACGGCAUGACUACUGCUCCCAAGAUGGAGUGGACUAUGAACGCUGUUCUCAAGAACAUCGACCUCAAGGGAUCCACGAUGGGCUCCAGGAAAGAGUUCCGAGACAUGGUUGCAUUUGUCAACGAGAAGAAAAUCAGACCUGUCGUCUCGAGGUCGGUCAAGGGCAUCGACAACCUCCAAGAUAUCGAUGGUUUGUUUGAGGAUAUGAGGAUUGGGAGCCAGUUUGGAAAGCUGGUCAUUGAAUUGGUGCCUGAAGAGGGAUCUGCCAUCUUUUCCGUUUCAUAA